UCAAAUAAGUGCUAACUCAACCAAAAGCAGUUAAGCUUUCUUGGGACUGACUGAUGUUAGUGACGACUGAUCUGGUGAUGACUGUGCCAAGAGAAGGGCAGCCUCAGCGGGGGUUAGUCGGGCUAAAGGAAUUAAUUGCGUCAGUCCCUUGUUUGUCAAUGUGAGAGGCAGACAAAACCAGAGUCUCCCAGCCGGGAUUCAUCGACCCACAAAAAAAAGAUUCUGUAAAGAAGAGGAGAACAUCAGCAGAUCUUUUGACAGCAGUCCGUACGCCAUUCUGCCAUGUUCACCAAGUUAAAGGCCUUAGUGGGGGCUCCUGAGCCUCCACCUGCCCAGGCUGCUCCCAUAGCUUCUCCAGCUGCUUCGCCGACAAAGCCUCCUGAAAAGGAGGAGACUGCCCAACCAAAGGCAGAUGCAAAGCAAGAGGAGAAAGGGAAAGAGGAACCGGUAAAAGGAGAGAAGAAAAAAGAUGAGGAAGAAGCCAUAAAAGAGCAACCAAAGCCAGUUCCCGCCCCAGCAGCUCCCGUUGAGCCUGUCAAUAUGGAGGGAGCAGAAGGUGACGAGAAUGCACCUCCUGUGGUCUACUUCCGUCACACAGACGAGACCCUCAGAUGGUUGGUUAAAACGUUUCGGGAACGAACGGCGACGUUCAAAGAGAAAGUCGCCGAUCCGUAUGCCAGUUCUCCCGAAAUCACCCCGCCUGUCACGCCAAUUCUGAAGGAGGAGGAAUACCACAGACUGAAGGAAGAGGAGCGGAUAGCGAGAGAGGAAGCGGAAAAGAAGGCGGCGGAGGAGGCGGCCAAGAAGGCGGAGGAGAAGAAAAAGAAGGAUGAGGAGAAAAGACUGGAGGCGGAGAAAAAAGCAGAGGAGGCCAGAAUAGCACAAGAGGCCCAGAAGAAAGAGAAGCGCUUGGCAGGAGUGUGCUUCACCUGCUUGGAUGUGCUCUUCCGACCUAUCGAAGACAAACUGGAUACUGUCCUGGGAUGCACCAUAGAUCCUUUCACAGAUCGGCGUUACAUCUCUUGGUUGACCCUUGUGGCGGUGGCGUACAACUACAAUAUUUGGUUCUGCUCCGCCCGCUUGGCCUUCCCCUUCCACAAUGACACGGCAAACCGAUACUGGAUCAUUUUGGACAUCCUGAGUGACCUGGUGUAUGUUUUGGACAUGAUGGUUUGGCAGCCUCGGCUUCAGUUUGUCAAAGCGGGCGAUAUUAUUAAAGACAGGGCCCUGACAAAAGAGCAUUAUCGCAAUUCACCUCGUUUUAAGACUGACAUCAUCUGCGUCAUCCCCUUUGACCUUCUCUGCCUGUACUUUCAAUUCUCAACUAUUUACAGACUCAACCGCUUCAUGAAGAUUGAGUCUUUCUUUGAAUUUAGUGAUCGACUUGAGAGCAUCAUGGCCAAAGCCUACAUCUGGAGAGUGGCUCGCACCACGGGCUACCUGCUCUACAGCCUCCACCUCAAUGCCUGCGCAUUCUACGUCGCCUCCGUACACCAGGGCCUUGGCACCACCACGUGGGUCUACAAUGGAAAUGGGACAGCGUACAUCCGAUGCUACUACUUUGCCGUGCGUAGCCUGAUCAACAUCGGCGGGCUACCCGAACCUACAACCAUCUUUGAGAUAGCCUUUCAGAUGACCAACUUUUUCAUUGGUGUUUUUGUGUUCUCCAGCCUGAUUGGCCAGAUGAGAGAUGUUAUUGGAGCAGCAACAGCAGGUCAAACAUAUUUCCGAGCAUCAAUGGAUGGCUGCGUAGCUUACAUGAACACCUACACAAUUCCAAAGUAUGUCCAGAACCGAAUAAGGACCUGGUACAACUACACUUGGGCUGCUCAGGGCAUGCUUGAUGAGUCUGAACUGCUGGAUAAGUUGCCUCUGGUGAUGAAAACUGCCAUCGCAGUGGACAUCAACCUGGCCACCUUCCAGAAGAUUGCUCUCUUCCAGGACUGCGAUCAGCAGAUGUUGGUGGACAUGCUACUGAGGCUCAAGUCCAUUGUUUAUCUUCCCGGUGAUUUUGUCGUGAAGAAAGGUGACAUCGGUAAAGAGAUGUACAUCAUCAAGAGCGGAGCGGUGCAGGUGGUGGGAGGACCUGACAACAGUAUUGUCUUUGUCACGCUGAAGGCCGGCUGUGUGUUUGGAGAGAUCAGUUUGCUGCAGUCUGCCAAAGAUGGAGGGAACAGACGGACGGCAAAUGUCAAAGCGUACGGCUUCGCUAAUCUCUUUGUUUUGGAGAAGAAGGAUUUGUUUGACAUUCUGGUGCACUACCCGGAGUCGCAGAAGGUUCUGGCCAGGAAGGGAAGGAAACUGACCAAGGCCAAACCUCCUCCAGCUGCGAAAGAAGAGGAAAAGCCAAAAGGUCUGGCUGUCUUUGGCCCGAGACCACCCACACCAAAGUUAAUCAAAUUGUUUGCCAACCUUCGCAAUCCUUCGAAUCAACAACAGCCUCGUUGAGCCAGAUUGGGGAGCGAUUCUACUGCAUUGUGGACUCUGAUUUCAACUGAUCGGCGACAGUUAUUGCAUAUUUUUCCCACUGAACAUUCGGCCUCCUCGCUGCCCAUCUUCAAAACCCACCUCAAAACUCACUUGUAUUCUUUGGCAUUAGACUCAGCAUGACUUAGAUUUGUUCUUGGUUUUACUGUUUGGUGCUUUCUACCGUCUUUAUUACCAAUUUGUUUUACUUUUUAUUGUAUAUGUUAAAUUGCUCCAUGUACAGCACUUUGUAUGUAGCGAUGGCUGUUUGAAAGUGCUCUAUAAAUACACUUGGCUUGACUUUAAUGCA